AUGCUACUGAAGCUCUUGGUCGUUGCUCUGUUCUCAUUGCUGCACCUGAUAUCGGCUUCUCCUACCUCUACUCCGCCCUUGCAAAGGAUCCCGUUGACGCGGUACUCGUUUACGAGGAAUGGCGUCGCAGAUAUUGAUGCUCUCAAAGCUCAUCUAAACCAUGUUACAGCCAAGAUAGAGAGAGGACUCGUCAACUUCGAGAGAAAUAUGGGUAGAAAACAUCCACAUGCAGAUCGUUGCUACUCGAACGGAUGGAAGAAACGCGAUGAAGGUACAGUACCAUUGACGAAUGAUGGUGACACGCUUUGGCAAGGACCAAUUUCUGUUGGUACUCCUGCCAACACGUUCACAGUGCAAUUCGAUACGGGCUCGAGUGAUCUCUUCGUUCCAGGAACAGCAUGUACGCAGAACUGCGAGGGACACAACAUUUAUAAUACAUCGGCAAGUAGCACAGCGGUGGACAGAAACGAGACAUUCUCUAUCCUCUUCGGCGACCAAUCAACAGUUUCCGGAGAAGUCUUCAACGAUGUCGUCUCCAUCGCGAACCUGACUGCGACUAACCAAGCCGUCGUCGCAGCAUCACAAUAUUCGGAUGGGUUUUCGCUAAGCAACUUCGAACCCGAUGGGCUUAUGGGCAUGGCUUUCCAAUCACUCUCCAACUCAAAUAGCUCUCCUGUGUUCCAGACGUUAGUCACUCAAGGACAAACAACUGAACCAAUAUUUGGGUUUACACUUCUUGAUAAUGGUGGGGAACUCAUCAUAGGUGGAAGGAACACAAGUGCAUUUACGGGAAAAUUGACGUACGCUCCGCUCGUUACGGAACCGGCAUUUUGGGAGAUUUCAGCGGAGAAGGUCAGUGUGGGCGAUACGACUGUUGUCUCGAGUGCUCAGAAUGCUAUCGUUGAUACUGGCACGACCCUGUUCAUCGUCGACUCAGACAGCCUGCAAGCAAUCUACGCCGCGAUACCAGGAUCGCAAGACGCAACCGAUACUGUCGGCUCAGGGUUCUUCACAGUCCCAUGCGAUACGAUCCCAGAUAACAUCAGUGUUACGCUCGGUGGGACGGACUAUACGCUCUCAUCCGAGACCCUCAACUUUGGUCAAGUCUCGGAAGGAUCAAGUGACUGUGUUGGUGGUAUUAUUUCUUCAGAUGGUAGUAAGUCUGAUUUCUGGAUCCUUGGAGACGUGUUUCUGCGUAACGUCUAUACAGAAUUUGAUGUUGGGAACUUGCAAGUUGGGUUUGCACCUGUUCGUACUUAG